UGAGAUGGGCUUCCUUUCAUCUGAAACGAAGUUUCUAUGAGUAAUUCACAAUUAAGAAACAGAUUAAACCCUUACUUUCAACAGAUUCAUAACUUUUAAGAAAGAACUUCCCCUUUGACAAUCCCAAAAGGAUUGUGGAAAACAAUGUAAACAGCAACAAGGAAAAGUCCUGCUGAUUGGUGGAAACUUUGGAGGCCAGGUGUAUAAAAGGUCCAGAUUGCAAGGGGUCAUCACAUUCUGGGAAACUCACCUCUGAACAGAAGCCCACCUUCCACCCCUGACACCAUGACCAACUGUUGCUCCCCUUGCUGUCAGCCUACGUGCUGCAGGACCACCUGCUGCAGGACCACCUGCUGGAAGCCCACCUGUGUGACCACCUGCAGCAGCACACCCUGCUGCCAGCCCACCUGCUGUGUGUCCAGCUGCUGCCAGCCUUGCUGCCGCCCAACUUGCUGUCAAAACACUUGCUGCCAGCCCACCUGUGUGACCAGCUGCUGCCAGCCUUCCUGCUGCAGCACACCCUGCUGCCAGCCCACCUGCUGUGGGUCAAGCUGCUGUGGCCAAACCAGCUGUGAGUCCAGCUGUGGCCAGACCAGCUCCUGUGCCCCUGUCUACUGCAGAAGGACCUGCUACCACCCCACAUGUGUCUGCCUGCCUGGUUGCCUAAACCAGAGCUAUGGAUCCAGCUGCUGCCAGCCCUGCUGCCGCCCAGCCUGCUGUGAGACCACCUGCUGCAGGACCACUUGCUUCCAGCCCACCUGUGUGUCCAACUGCUGCCAGCCUUCUUGCUGCUGA